GUAUCAAAUUUCCUAUCCAAAGUUGGGGAGUGCAGAUUGUAAGAGUUCAAGUUAUUCUCCUUCGGGGUUUCAUCAAUCAUGAUAAGUUUCGAAAUAAAGAAACAAGUUGUAUUGAUAUACUUAUGGUUGUGGUGGAGUACUACUACUAGUAUUUGUGGUAAUGCAACGAAAGAUAGUUUGAAGCCAGGUGAUACAUUGAAUUCCAAUUCCACGCUAUGUUCUAAACAAGACAAGUAUUGUCUAUGUCUCAACAGUUCUAUUGGUCACUUGAUUAUACGUACUCUCGAUGGCGCAGUAGUGUGGAUGUAUGAUAGAAAUCAACCCAUAGACAUAGAUUCAUCAGUUCUUCUAUCAUUAGACUACUCUGGUGUGCUCAAAAUAGAAUUUCAAAAUAGGAAUUUACCAAUAAUCAUUUACUCUUCGCCUCAACCAACCAACGACACUGUGGCCACUAUGUUAGACACCGGUAACUUUGUGCUUCAACAACUUCACCCAAAUGGGACAAAGAGUAUAUUAUGGCAGAGUUUUGAUUAUCCAACAUACAUUUUGAUCUCAACGAUGAAGUUGGGAGUUAAUCGAAAAACAGGACAUAAUUGGUCAUUGGUUUCAUGGUUGACUCCUUCGCUACCAACUCCAGGUAAAUUUAGUCUUGUAUGGGAACCAAAAGAACGUGAAUUGAACAUAAGGAAAAGCGGCAAAGUGCAUUGGAAAAGCGGAAAACUUAAAAGCAAUGGAAUAUUCGAGAACAUUCCCACAAAAGUUCAACGUAUAUAUCAGUACAUUAUUGUCUCUAACAAGAAUGAAGAUUCUUUCGCUUUCGAAGUUAAAGAUGGGAAGUUUGCACGAUGGCAACUAACCUCGAAGGGGAGGUUAGUAGGUCAUGAUGGAGAGAUUGGGAAUGCAGAUAUGUGUUAUGGAUAUAAUAGCAAUGGAGGGUGCCAAAAAUGGGAGGAAAUACCAAAUUGUAGGGAAAAUGGUGAGGUUUUUCAGAAAAUUGCGGGAACACCAAACGUAGACAAUGCAACAACGUUUGAACAGGAUGUGACUUAUAGUUACAGUGAUUGCAAGAUUAGAUGUUGGAGAAAUUGUAAUUGCAAUGGAUUCCAGGAAUUUUAUGGUAAUGGGACUGGAUGUAUAUUCUAUUCAUGGAAUUCGACACAAGAUGUUGAUUUGGUGAGUCAGAAUAACUUCUACGUCUUGGUAAACUCUACAAAAUCAGCCCCAAAUUCCCAUGGUAGAAAAAAGUGGAUAUGGAUCGGUGUUGCAACCGCAACUGCUUUACUCAUAUUAUGCUCACUUAUUCUAUGCCUAGCAAAAAAGAAACAAAAAUAUGCACUACAAGAUAAGAAAAGUAAAAGAAAGGAUUUGGCGGAUUCGACUGAAUCCUAUAAUAUCAAAGAUCUUGAAGAUGACUUCAAGGGACAUGAUAUAAAAGUUUUUAACUAUACAUCAAUUUUGGAAGCAACUAUGGACUUUUCACCUGAAAACAAGUUAGGACAGGGAGGCUAUGGACCUGUUUAUAAGGGAGUCUUGGCAACAGGACAAGAAGUUGCUGUAAAAAGACUUUCAAAAACAUCCGGACAAGGAAUUAUGGAAUUCAAAAAUGAAUUGGUACUUAUAUGUGAACUUCAACACAAAAAUCUUGUAGAACUACUUGGCUGUUGCAUUCAUGAAGAAGAAAGGAUUCUGAUUUACGAAUAUAUGCCAAACAAAAGCUUGGAUUUCUAUCUGUUUGAUUGUACGAAAAAGAAUCUGCUAGAUUGGAAGAAGCGUUUCAACAUAAUAGAAGGAAUUGCUCAAGGAUUGCUCUAUCUUCAUAAGUACUCAAGACUCAAAAUCAUUCAUAGAGACUUGAAAGCCAGCAACAUACUUCUUGAUGAGAAUAUGAACCCAAAAAUUGCUGAUUUUGGUAUGGCAAGAAUGUUUACGCAGCAGGAGUCCGUAGUAAAUACCAACAGAAUUGUUGGGACGUAUGGAUACAUGUCUCCAGAAUAUGCCAUGGAAGGAAUAUGUUCAACAAAGUCUGACGUCUAUAGUUUUGGAGUGUUGCUACUUGAAAUUAUUUGUGGGAGAAAAAACAAUAGCUUUUAUGAUGUUGAUCGUCCACUAAAUCUAAUAGGACAUGCAUGGGAGCUAUGGAAUGAUGGUGAGUAUCUAAAGCUAAUGGAUCCAACAUUAAAUGACACAUUUGUUCCUGAUGAAGUGAAAAGGUGCAUUCAUGUUGGUCUCUUAUGUGUAGAACAAUAUGCAAAUAAUCGACCUACAAUGUCUGAAGUUAUAUCAGUGUUGACAAACAAAUAUGAACUCACAAACUUGCCAAGAAGGCCAGCAUUUUAUGUUAGAAGAGAGAUCUUUGAGGGGGAAACAACUUCUAAAGGGCAAGACACCGACACCUAUUCUACGACAGCAAUUUCUACCUCAUGUGAAGUAGAAGGGAAAAUAUAAAUUAUCAAUAUAUAUAUAUAUAUAUAUA